UAAUGAGGGUUGUUGGAAAGAGAGUGACUGUGUCUUCCUAAGGGUGGAGGAGACCAGGGUGCCUCUCUGCUCUGGAACUUUGGAAAUAAAAUAGGUGAAAAUAGAACUCCCUGGAUUUCUUUCAACUGGAGCCAGGAGUCUGUUCACAGACUCUCCUACAAAGUAGUUUUGAAAAGGGGUCUGUAGAAUAAUGUAUGUGCAAGUAUUCUGAACAUCUUUUUCAGUGUGAAAAAUGUUCCUUUCAGAAUUGAUUCACUGUUAACACUUUUUAAUUGAUUAAUGCAGUAACAGGCAGUUUAAUUAUGUUACCUUCGUGCUUAACAAAGGCAGCAGGUAAUUUUUCAGUACCAGGAUUGGACACUUACUGCAUGUUUUAACAAAUGUGGCCAUUACUUUUAAUAACGUUGAACAAAGCUUGAAAGAGUAGAAAAACAAAUAGUAAAGAAUUCAUUUAAAUAUGAAUAGAUGCUGCAAAGGAUAAUAAAAAUGUUCUUCAGAUUAAAAAAACAAACCACAGAAUACUGAAGUUCUGCUAGGUCUGCUUUUGUGAGAAGAAGCUGAGUCUACUCUUAAACCCAGGAAAUGAGGGAUUCCAAGGUUUCUACCUGGUAUUGCUACAAGCCUAGCUUUAGCCAGGUCAGUUAAAUCCAGAACUGAGGAUUAUUAGGCUUUUGUUGCUGUGCAUUGCUAGGCCUAAGUGUCUCGGGGCUUUGACUUAAGGCUUUGCAAAACUGCCUUUUUUCUAAAUUUGUUGCAAGUAAUUGCAUUUUGGGCAUUUCACAUUGCAGCUGAACAAUGCCAACCAAUGCACCUGCAGUGUCAGUACUGUCAUGUUUGCAGCUGGCUCCUCUGCUGUGCUGGGUUUAUUCACUGAUGCUUCAGUAGUGGGCAGCUGGCUCAGAUACUCCUUCCUUAUUGUUCUGACUUUGAAAGACUGACGUAACACAGUCCUCACUCUUAGACCCAGAUCCUUGCUGCUCUUUGCUAUUCUUUAGGGACAUGCUUUUUGCCAGGGUGUCAGAAGGCUCCUGCUGUGACCUGUGGAGUGCAGGGUGUGGCAGGCGGUGUUUGGCUGCAGUGUGGCCUGGCAGCCCAGGAGCAGGCGCAGGCAGGAGAAUGUGCUGGGUCUCUCGGCAGGUGGAGCAGUGAGUCAGCCUCAGGCGCUGCAAGGGCAGAGUAAAAGCUUUGAACUCUGUGCAGAGGGGCUAAACAGCAAUGUCCAUUGCAGCUCUGGAGGAAAGAUUGGACUCUUGGAUAGAGGGAAGGGAGUAUUAUGUAUACAAACAAUGCUGUUUGGAUUUUGUGCAAAUGUCCAGAGAAAUCCUAAAUCUCCACGGAGGUUGUAUGAUGUUCUUAGGAUGGAAGAACAUACGAGGAACCUGUCUGGUUGUGUUUGCCAUAUGAUGGUGCCUUUUUUUCAUUCUCCAUUCUGGGGAUGGGGGUUAUUUGCAAGGCACAUUUAAGUUCUGUGUUGUCUUCUCUGUGCUAUGCUGUGACCCUGCCCUCCUGAUAUAAGUAAGGUGCUAACAGUAACAGAUUAAAAUUCAGUCUCAAAAAAAUGAAGAUAUCUUGUCUGCAGUGUAAUGCUGUAAUGAACUAAGAAGUUCUCUAAUUUUUUAUGACACCUUUCUCUCAGUCUUGAACUUCAAAUUCUAGCUGUGAGUCUAUCACAAUGCUCCUGCUCUUAGUAAGUGAAAUGUUCUGGUUUUAUUUAUGUAAUUACAGAUAUGCUGUGCUGCUGCUGAAGAGGAUAGGAGAGGGUCUCACAGGUGCUGUGACAGAAAUAGGUGUGUGGGUAGAAAUGGCAAAUUUCAAGUAGUUGUAGUGUCUGGGGAAGAAGAGUCAGAGUGUAAUGUGAAGUGAGAGGAGUGGGGGUAAGGUGUUCCCUGUAUUUAUAUUCCCCUUUUAGUAGCCUUUGGAGCACAUAGGUGGACUGUCUAAAUAGCUUUUCAUUUGCCACCUGCGCCAGCAGCACAGGGGGGGUUGGUGUCCUGCAAAUUCCUUUGAAGCUCAGAUGGUUUUCAGAGCAGCUCAGGACACAGCAGUAGUGGUGUCACCUACCUGUGUCCUCCUCCACUCCCAUGGCAGCGUUUGAUCUGGGUGUAGGGUCUGACUUUGAGCUGAUUUUGAAACUGACACCUGGUGCAGCCCCAGGAUUGCUUACAAGUAUUUGGAAGACCUGGAGCCUUUUGUGCAUGUCACAGCAAACUUUUGGGGUUUUUUUUUUUCUAUUUGGGGUCUAAAUCCUUAAACCGAGGGUAAUACAUGGCAGUGUAUUGUAAGGCUUAAGUUGUUACCUAAUGAGAAUGGCUUUAGUGGCCCUGCAUUCCUUGCAGAGUUGUUUCUUUUCCUUGUUGUUUUCUGCAGAUGCUGGGAUAGGAUGGCUCAAUGUAGUUCAUAGAUUUGCUAUGUAUGGAUUUGCUAUUUAUAGAAACUUGAUGAAGUGCAGAAAAUAAUUGGGAUAUUUAAUGUAAGUCUGCAACACUGGCAGUUGUAGAACAGGAAGAAUUUUCUCUAGCACUGACUUGUACAUGUCAAUGUUUGCCUGAAGAAAUGCUGGACUGUUGCACAUAGAUUGGUGCAAAGUAAUUUGCAGUUGUAUAAAGCAUUGUCUUGGCAAGAAAGAGUAUGGUUUAUUAAAAAAAAAAUAUAGCUAUUGUGUGAUGUAUGGCAAAUAAAAAUCUUAGUGGGGUCUUUCAGGGCUGUCAGCUGAAGAUCUCUGUAGAGUGAAAUUUUUCUAACAGUUUAAGUCUAGUAAAAAUCUUUGUGAAUGAGGAGAAAGAGGCAAGUUAUUAAUUUGUUUUCCUUGGGAAAACAAAUUUCCUUUGUUUUCCAUUUGCAUCCCUUUGGGAAAGGGUUAAAGGGACGCUUUGCCUUAGAGGGCCCUCCAGCGGUGGAGGGCAUAGGAAACAUGGGAGGGGUUGGAUUUGGGAUGUAUUUGUAGCAGGGUUACUGGAAAUUUGGGUUGGUUUUGGUUUCCAAUUUAUUUAUUUUUAAAGCAAAAGUUAAGUUUCUCUACUCACAUCGUUCAUGCAUUGAUAUAUUUUACACAUAACUGAAAGUCGCUUGCUAAAACUCACAUUGCACUGUGCCACAUAUAUAUAGAGAUACGUGCAAAUGGAAGAAUGGAUUUUAACAGAAGUUACAUUUUGCUACUGAUCUGGGACAGGCGGGAAGGAAAAGCAUCACUUUAUAAGGUGCCCCUCUGACACCUGUAAUGCUAUGUUAUUGAAGGAUAAAAACAGCCUGAGGUUUUGGAUUUUAUCUUCUUAUACCAGUAUUAAUAAGCAAUGUGGUAAGACAUAUUUUAUCUGGCUUAGAAGCUGUGGAUUAUUUUUAUACUUCAAUAUUUCCUGUUUUAUCUUUUUGACUUUAUUUUAUGAACUAGAGUGUUGCAGAAAAAGAAUACUUUUGAUGAUGUCUGCCUUUAGUUUUGGCUUUUCUCUGUCAAUUUUACUUGCUGUAAAAUUAGUCAAGUUUGAGAAGAGACAGAAACAAUUGGUACAUAGGAGGGACUGCAUGUAUUAGAAAGUUGUAUUUAAAUCAAGUAUAAAAUUUAUUUUGUUAAUUGCUACUGUACAUUUGGAAUCCUAUCUGAGUAUAAUAGUUUGCUUUUUUGAGGUAUUCAACAUAGCAAACUCUGACUUCUGUGGAAGCUGCAAGAUCUGACGUGCUUUUGAAAAUCUUGCCAAAGUGUCAGAGGAGGAAAGCAAAGAUAUCAAAUUAUUGCCAUGCCAAGUCUUUCAGGGCAGGACAGUGUUGCACGAGGAAAGUGGCUUCAUUGCCAAACAGAUCAUCUUUCCUUUCAGAGCCCUCCCACCCUGUUUCUGCCUAAUCCUCUUCUGACAGGAAAAAUACUGUAAUAUACAAAUACCCAGAGAGCUGUGAGUGCAGAUGUGGGGCAUUAAAGGAAACAUUUGCUCGCAGGACUGUGAUGUGAGAUCGUUUGUAGUAAUGAUGAUUAAAUGCUGUGACUGCACAAGUUUAUAUAAAAUUUUCUUACCUUUAUGUUCAAAAGAAAUAUGCAGGAUGUUUGUUUUGGAGAACUAAGGAGUGGGAGGGAACGCUCUAUGAGUAUUUCACAGGUGAGAGAAGAGAGAGCUCUUCAGGUGUACUUUCUGUAGGGUGACUAUUCCUGUGUCACUGCACCCUCACUGCUGCUCAGAAGGCACUGCCCUCGCCUGGGACCUGCUUGACCUGCCUGUGAACCACAUACAGCUGAAGAACCACUGGUGCUCAUCUUUGUCACUUGUCACUUUUUCACACAGUGUGAAUACUGACUGAAGGCAAAAACUAUAUGAAGCAGAGCUGAGGGGGAACAGCUGCUUUCUGAUACUCUAAGUCCUUUGGGCAAGGACUUAUUGCAGCUUUUACUUAUGCAGGGUUUUUUAAAGAGUCUUUGCUUUGGUGUGUUGGUACCUCAUAGUUGAAGGGAAUGAGCUUUUGCUGCUCAGAUCUUUGAAAAAUGCCCACUAAGAUGCUUUGAAAAAUUUGCCCAAAGUAAGCUUAAUGUGUUUAAGGGAGGGAGGCAUAUUCAACAACCAUUUUCUAUAGACCAGGCUGUUUUAGAAAUGUAGCAGCUGAGUUUUCUGAAAGUCAUGCUUCACUUAGGAAAACACUGGAAUGUGUUUUUCUCGUGUCUUUGUCAGAGAGUUUAAAUCAAACAAAGAAUCUUGGAGAAGUAAGUCUUUAAAGAUUUGAAGGGAUGGGCUUUAGUGUAUAUUUAUCCUGUUUUUAAGGAAACUGACAUUUGUCUCUUCGUGUUGUACUGCAGGUUUUUGUGCUUUGCCUGAUGAUGGGAAACAGUUCCAAGUCAGGCUGAUGAUUGAUUGAACUGAGUCAACUUUUGUUGAGGUUUCCAAAGCAUUGCACAAGAGGUUUGAGGGGAAAAAGUUUGGGGGCAUGUGACAGUUAAUCUCAUUAGCAGUAAGAAUGAAGUUUAAGCACACUGUUCAAAAUUUGCUCAGUUCUGUGCUGCUCUUUGUUUUAAUUAACAAUCUCCUGCAUAGAUUGUGAGCGUAAACUUCUUUUCACUUUAGUCCAAUUAAAUCAUGCUUGGAAGCUGUCAGUGGUGGGGGGAGCUCCUACCUACUCCCCCCUUGUUUUAGUUGUUCAGUGAGUCUGUUGGAUAAUGAAAGAAUUUGCCUGACAGGGUUUUGUAGUGUUUCGUCUUCUUGAUGAAUUAUUUCAGAGGAUAGCAGACAGUCUUUUGUCGAAAAUGCAUUGGAAUGACUCAUCCAAUUCCUCAGAAAGUGACAAUGAAGCUCAUUCAGCCUUCACACAGACUGAGCACAACAUAGUUGCAGCUUACUUAAUAACAGCAGGAGUGAUAAGCAUUUUCAGUAACAUUGUUGUGUUAGGCAUCUUUGUUAAGUACAAAGAGCUUCGGACAGCGACCAACGCAAUUAUCAUCAACCUGGCUUUUACUGAUAUUGGUGUUAGUGGCAUUGGUUACCCCAUGUCUGCUGCCUCAGACCUGCAUGGAAGCUGGAAAUUUGGAUAUACUGGAUGCCAGAUCUAUGCUGCCUUAAAUAUCUUUUUUGGGAUGGCGAGUAUUGGUUUGCUGACUGUUGUUGCUGUUGAUCGGUACCUGACCAUCUGCAGGCCUGAUAUAGGAAGAAGAAUGACCACCCGUAGCUAUGCCACUCUCAUCCUUGCUGCCUGGAUAAAUGCAGUCUUCUGGUCUUCCAUGCCCACCGCAGGCUGGGCCAGCUACGCCCCGGAUCCCACCGGAGCAACGUGCACAGUAAAUUGGAGGAAAAAUGAUGCGUCCUUUAUUUCCUACACAAUGAGUGUAAUUGCUGUUAAUUUUGUUGUGCCCUUAACAGUCAUGUUUUACUGUUAUUACAAUGUUUCCCGGACAAUGAAACAAUAUGCCAGCAGUAACUGCCUGGAGAGCAUUAACAUAGAUUGGUCUGACCAAGUAGAUGUGACAAAGAUGUCUGUUGUGAUGAUUAUAAUGUUCUUGGUGGCAUGGUCUCCAUAUUCUAUUGUGUGUUUGUGGUCUUCCUUUGGAGACCCAAAGAAAAUUUCUCCUGCCAUGGCCAUCAUAGCUCCUCUCUUCGCAAAAUCUUCCACAUUCUAUAAUCCCUGCAUUUAUGUCAUUGCGAACAAAAAGUUUCGGAGGGCGAUCCUGGCAAUGGUGCGAUGUCAGACAAGGCAAGAGAUAACCAUAAACAAUGCUUUGCCCAUGAGUGUGUCUCAAAGUGCACUGACAUCGCAGAACUCCAGCCAUUUGCCUGCAUAAAUCACGUGGAAAGGAGUGAAAUCUGGGUUCAAUUUAAUCUUUUGGACAAUUUCUUUUUGAAUAAUAAUCUUCCCCAGCUAGCUGGGUUGUGUUAGUCACAGUAAUCUUUUUAGAGAAGCUAAGGAGACAAGAUCUGCCAAGACUUCAGCUUGAGAGUGAGGUUUAUUGCUCCAAUGUCUGUCCCAAACAAAAAAGGGUAGCAAAGUGGCCACUGUGACUCUUACAGAGCUAGUUAAGGUGACAGAGGGGCCAGGAAAGACAGAAGUGCAAAGUUCUUAGGUUCAAUAACCCCAGAUUUUUCUUAUGUAUUAAUUCUUUUCAUGAGGUACUUUCCACCAGCUUCCCUUGAAAGUUUUAUCUACACUCACCCCAUAGAAUCUUUUAUUAGGUUUUAGGGUUUUGAAGGAAUUUCAGCAUAUUUAAAGUAUUUUUAAAAAUUUGACUGGUAGAACCAAAUUAAUUUGUAGUAAAGACAGCUUUUGUUUUGUAAGUAGCAUGUUUCUAAUGCUUGUGACUGCACAGCAAAUCCUGAAAAUGUGACAAAAUGUGACAAAAUGUACCCUAAGGCUUUUCACUUGGGAGGUGCAUAAAACUGAGUAAAUAUUUAUGGUAAUUUCUCAUCACUUCUAAAUCACUCUUAUGUUUAUAUAGGUCUGAUGUUUAAUUUUCAAGAAAUAACUUUGUCAGUAUGAGCAAUGGAUUUAUUCAGGUUGAAAAAGAUGACUGUAUAGUUUUAACUUCAACUAUUAUGUGUGUGUGCGUAUGCAGUUUGGCUUUGCAGUGUAAAACCUAAACCAUAUAUGUAUUUUUGGCAGAACCCUGUUUUUACGGGAUUUUUUGAAAGCUCUGGAAUCUGGGCUUCCUAUUAAUUUGCCAUUUUCAGUAUUAAAGAAAAUGCCAUGCAAUA